GCUCUGUGUAGUGACAGGAUUUGUGUCGGUGCAGAUCGGCUGUGUUUGCGGCUGACGUGAGGAGUUCCCGGCUGAAGCUCCUGCGCACACACACACGCACACACAUAUAUUUUCUGAUCCUCAGAGGUUCCCCGCAAUCUGCCAGAUUUUAAACCAGCCUGCUGUUCUCCGGAUGAGACGGGACCACCUUUUGGGCUCCUGCGUCCUCCUGUGAGAGACGUCGGGAGCCUCGGCAUCAGCCCCUCCGUCCUCUUAUGUAUCCACACGAACCCCGAAUGAGCGCAGUUUCUCCUCAUAAAUGACCGAGCUCCGGCCUUCCACCUGCUGCGACGAAAUCUCCGACAUUUAACCAGAAACCGCAAGACACGGAGACUACCUGUUAGCUUCUCCCACCCCCUCCACCUUCUUCUGCUCCUCCGGGCUCCGCUCUGCGCUUUUCCGUGCCCUCGGUGAGAGAGCAGAGGCUGGGAUUUAGGCUGCACACCUACUGACCUACUUCGCGCAAGUUGGGAGUCCGACCCGUGCGGUCUGGCAAAACUGUGCCCUCCACAGCAGCAGCACCAGCAGCAGCAGAAGAUGACGAGUGAUGUGGAAACAGUGGUGACCCCGUGGCGAGACCUUCAGUAAAUAAGCAGCAGGGGGAGGUGGGGUAAAGGAGGUGAGAAGGUGAGGAAAAGAAGAAAGCGUGCAGAAGGAGCCAGAGGUGCUGCUGGUGGUGGUGGUGUGUGCGUAUUUGUGCGUGGAGACAUAGGAGGAGGUUAUGACCGUGUCUCUUCACCUGGAUCUCGGGCUGAUGCUGCUGCUCCUGUUGGCCUGCUGGCAGACCCCGGGGAUGGUCGGAGGAACUGUGCCAGCACCCCCGGUGAAUGUAUCGGUGACCCAGCUGAGGGCACACUCGGCCAUGGUGACCUGGAAUGUCCCUCAGGGAGACACCGUCAUCGGAUACGCCAUCUCACAGCAGAGGCAGGACGGCCUGAUGCAGCGCUCCAUACGAGAGGUGAACACGUCCAGCCGCUGGUGUGUGCUGUGGGACCUGGACGAAGACACACACUACAGUGUCCAGGUGCAGUCCGUUGGGCCGCACGGUGACAGCCCACCCAGCCGUGCCGUCCACUUCAGGACUCUGGAGAGGACCGACCAUUAUCCAGCCGGAGUCCUGGACCACC